UCCCCUUAAUGUGUAUUUUUGGGCUAUCUACAAGUGUAUCAAAAUUUCCGGCCAAAAUUUGAGGAAGAAAUUUGAAUUCAUACUCAAUUGUUCGUUUUGAAAACAGGUGGAUUUAUUGCUGAAAUGAUAAACACUAAAAGAUGUACUAUAUCCUGUGAUAAUUUUGAAAUGUCUUUGGAGUUAAUGUUCUUCCUGAUAUUUGGGAUUAUUGUGAUUCAUAGCCCUAAAGUAGAAGGUCAGUGUAAAUAUCUUCCAAACUCCACUCAUGUCUGCAUGUGUCAUUGUCACAGUAACUGUCGCCAUGGAUGCCAGACUUGUGAUUUAGGGUGGAGUGGAUCCAAACAACUACAUUGCCAAAAAGAAAAUAUAGUGUAUCAUAAACGGACAUGGCAAGAGAAUACUUACUCGUCGAAGUUCGAUUCCAGUCAGGCGGUGGACGGAAACCUCCAGACCUACUCCAGAGUACAGGAAACGGAGGGCGCCAUCUGGUGGAGGGUCAGGUUAGACGGGGACCACAGCAUUACAAGAAUCAACGUCACUAUGGACUGGGUGCCUAAUAUUGAAUACGACGUCUAUGUAACACAUGAUUCCCUUGUGACAAACAGUCAUUCUCUAUGUGAUACUGAGAAAUCUCACUCAGAUCAGAUGAGAAGCGUGGUGUUCGAAUGUUCCCGGGCGAUGAUAGGCAGCACUAUAGAGAUUCAGGCACCGCCUCACGUUCCCCUGACUAUCUACGAAGUCAGUUCAGUCUCUUGUACUGUUGGUACACAUGGUGAAGAAUGUGACAUACUUUGUCCCAAGGAAUGUCACAGAAGUUGUAACAAGAUAACAGGAAAGUGUGACCAAUGCCCAGCUGGUCAGUUUGGAGAUUCCUGCAACUUAAAUUGUUCUAAAUUCUGUGGAAAAUCCGGCUGUGACAGAACAACAGGGCAAUGCUACCAAUGUGCCACAAAUCUCUGGGGACCGAACUGUACCAAAUACUGCCAUAAUGCUUGUUCUCUUCACUGUCAAAGAGAAACUGGACAUUGUCGAGUUUGUCAAUCAGGACAUCGUUUUAAUGGCACGACGUGUGAACAAUGUCCAAGUGGGUCUUAUGGAGUAAAUUGUUCUCAGAAAUGCGCUACCAAAUGUAAAGAUGAAGUUUGUGAUGCCGAAACAGGUAAAUGUUCUGAUUGCAAAGAAUGGUUUUAUGGAACAUUUU